AUGGCGGACGUUGUGAAACGUUCGCUGUCGCGCGACGCGAAAGCGCCGCAAUCUGUUGACCAUGAAGCCCCCGUAGAGGCGGGGGAUAUGGAGCUGCUGGCAACCCUGGGUUACAAGCAGGAGCUGCGGCGUCACUAUUCCACGGUCCAGAUUUUUGCUGUUGCCUUCAGUAUUAUGGGUCUGCUGCCAUCGAUUGCAUCGACUCUGUCCUUCUCGAUGCCGGCAGGCCCAGUGGGCAUGGUCUGGGCCGAUAUUGCUUCAGCCAUGCCGACGGCCGGUGGUCUGUACUUCUGGACACACCACUUCGCCGCCGAGAAGUGGAAGAAUCCGCUCAGCUUUGUUGUCGGGUAUAGCAAUACCAUUGGUCUUAUCGGUGGCCUCUGCUCUAUUGAUUACGGAUUCGCCAACAUGCUCCUGUCCAUGGUCUCCAUCGCACGCGACGGAAACUGGACUGCCACACGACCGAUUAUCUACGGCACAUACGUGGCGACCGUAGUCGCCCAUGGUCUGAUGGCCAUAUUCGGUGGCAGGAUCAUGCCCCGGAUCCAGACUAUUUGCAUCUUCCUGAACAUCGGCCUCGUGAUAGCAACAGCCAUAGCCCUACCUGUGGGAAAAUCGAAGAAUGCCCCUCCUGUCAAUUCGGGCGCCUACGUUUUCGGCGAUGUCGAAAAUCUGACUACCUGGCCCAGCGGCUGGGCGUUCAUGCUGUCGUGGCUCUCGCCUAUCUGGACGAUUGGCGCUUUCGAUUCCUGCGUACAUAUGAGUGAGGAGGCGACUCAUGCUGCCCGCGCGGUGCCGCUAGGAAUUAUUACCUCAACUGGAAUGUGUGGCAUUCUCGGAUUCCUGUCUAUGGCUAUCAUUGCUGCUGGGAUGAACCAGGAUAUUGAGGCGAUAUUGAGCUCGAAGUUCGGGCAACCGAUGGCCCAGAUUUAUUAUGAUGCUCUCGGCAAGAAUGGGGCUCUCGGGUUUAUGGCUGUGGUCAUGAUCGUUCAAUUCUUUAUGGGAUUGAGUAUUGUUCUCGCCGCCUCCCGCCAGAGCUGGGCUUUCUCUCGCGACGGCGCGCUGCCCUUCUCAAGCUUUUUCCGGAAGGUUAGCGAGGGCAGACUGACGCGUUAUCAACCAGUUCGCAUGGUCUGUGGCGUUAUCUUUGCAUCUGCAGUAAUUGGCCUCCUGUCACUGAUUGACAAUGCCGCUGCGAACGCGUUAUUCUCUCUCGCCGUUGCCGGGAAUGACCUCGCAUGGCUAACACCCAUUCUCGCACGUCUCCUGUGGGGUGAAGACAAAUUCGUGCCCGGCGAGUUCUACACUGGAAAGUAUCUCAGUAAGCCAAUCGCCUGGAUAGCGGUCAUCUAUAUGGUCUUCGCCAUCGUGCUGUGCAUGGUUCCUACCGGAGGACCAGACCCAUCGCCCGAGAACAUGAAUUACACCGUAGUCAUCAACGGAGCUCUCUGGUUGGGGGCUAUACUCUACUACUAUCUUCAUGCCCGAAAGACAUUCAAGGGUCCGCAGACUACUGUUAGCCCAGAGGAUGAGGGCAAACAGCUUGAGGCUGAAGCUGCCGCAGCGGCCACAGAGAAGAGUUGA